GCAGGUUAAACAUUGCUGUCUGAAGCUGUAGUUCAGUCGCUGCACAAAGAAAAAGCCGUUGUCAAGAUGACAGACUUUGGAGAGAUCCUAAAAAGCAUCGGAGACUUCGGGUUAUUCCAGAAACUCAUUCUGAUUGCACUUAGUUCUCCUAAUUUUACUCAGUCUUUUAUGUUGGCAAGCCUUCUCUUUAUCCAGCCGGAUCCAGAGCGACUCUGUAACACAGACUGGAUCCUCAGGACUGCUCCAAACCUGAGCAGAGAGGAGCAGCUGAACCUGACUCUGCCCCGGGAGGAGGAUGGGACCUUCAGCAGGUGUCAGAUGUUUGUCCCUGUGGACUGGGACAUCGCUACCAUCCGGGAGUCGGGACUCAACGACACCACAGGGUGUCUUAGUGGAUGGGUGUACGGUAACAUGCUGUAUGAGGCCACUAUAGUUACUGAUUUUGAUCUGGUCUGCAGUCAGUCAGCUUUGGUAGGAGUGAUCCAGUCAGUGUUUCUGACCUCGGUUCUCCUCGGUUCUUUCAUGUUUGGACCUUUGGCAGAGUCGUUUGGUCGUAAACGGGCCAAUCAAAUUCCAUUAGUCAUACUGUUUGUGUUCACGGUGACGACAGCACUAUGUCCCAAUGUUUACUUAUAUAUGGCGUCCCUUUGCCUGAUGGGAUUUGGUGGUGGAGGAUUCCGGGUCAACAGCAUUAUACUGUCUACUGAGUGGAUCGGAGUGUCCAAGCGGUCAUGGGGAGUGUGUAUGACCCAGCUUUUUGCCUCGGUUGGUCAGUGCUUCCUUGCUGGGACAAUCUUUUUCAUCAGAGACUGGAGAUUAGCUCAGCUAAUCUCAGCAGCACCCCUCGCGCUAGUUGUUGUCUACAUAUGGUUUGUUCCAGAGUCUGCCAGAUGGUUGUUGAGCAGAGGGAGAACAGAGGAGGCUAAACAGCUGAUUGUCAAAGCAGCAGCCAUUAACAAACAACCUGUUCCACACUCUCUGCUGGACAAGAUUGACGUGAAUAACACCCCAAAGAACGGAGGGAUUAAACUCAUUUUCAGAUCCCGGAGGCUGACCAGGUACUUCCUCACUGUAACGCUGGCCUGGUUUUGUGUGAACCUCUCCAUUUACUGCCUGUACUUGGACAUGGGCAGCCUUGGCUUCAGCAUCUUUGUGACUCAGCUCCUUUUUGGCGCGUUUGAAAUCCCAGCUAAUUUACUCUCCAUGUGGCUCCUGGAGGUUUUUGGUAGAAAGAUCCUCUUUAUGUCUACUAUUGUGACAGGAGGGCUUUCUUCCAUGCUCAUCCUGGCUGUUUUCCAAGACCAUCCUAUAGCUGUGACAGCUUUAGCUGUUGCAGCUCGUUUUUUCCUGACAUGGGCCGGCUCUGUAACCUUUGUCUACAUGCAGGAGGUGUCUCCAACAUCCAUUCGACAGCCACAGCUUUGGGGUCAAUGUCAGGGAGAACCGGUGGUUUAGUGGCUCCACUGUUAAACAUGCUAGCUGUGUACCACUGGGCCAUCCCCAUCGCAGUCUCCAGCAGCCUGACGCUGGUCAGUGGAGCUCUAGGAGUCCUCCUCCCUGAGACCAGAAGGAAGGAGCUUCCCGAGACAGUAGAAGAUGCUGAAAAUAACAGGUAGUGGUGGGUGACAUGCAACAUAUUUGGUAAAGCUCCAACUGUUAAUUAUGAAUAAAUCUGUGUCUUUCAGGAUUGAAACACCAGCAGCCAGUUUUCAAUGUAUUGAAUCUUCAAUGUUAUGAAUGUUUGUUUGACUGUGUGUAGAGUGCUUUUAAUAAACUAUAACAGAAUCCCAAACAAUAAGUAGAAUCAUUGUUUUAAAUUGAAGUUGGGACUUUAAUAAACUUAUUUACUUAAACUGUAUGUGCUUUUAUGUUUUGAAUGCCUAAAAACCCAAUAAAACAUCAAACUCUAAACAUUAUAGUUCAAGUUUCUUUUUGUUCCAGAGAACCUGCCGAUAUAUUCGGCUCCUGACGGGAAAUUCUGUUGGGUUCUUCCGCUAAAUGUCACAUUAAAUUAAACACCCUGAAAACAUGAGCUGUUGUUAAAGAGCGAGUCACCCCCUACCAGAGUCCUACUCCACUCCCACUUCCUGUUUGAAAAAUGCAACCUGACAGACCAAGUGGGUGGAGCCACUAACAAAUACACACACACAGGCUCACAACGAAAUUGUGAUAUCAAAUUGUACCAACUAACAUCAUAGUGUACCUCUUAGCCAAUAGCGAUGGCAGAUUUUAAUCCAAAUGCAGUUAAGAGUUUUUACCUGAAGAGGGUGCAACACUGACAGUUUUAGGCAGAAUGUUUAAAGAGUAACUAAACCCCAAAAUAACAUUUCUUUGCUUAUAAACUGUAUAAAUUUUGAUUAUGGGAUUGUUUUCACUAUUGCAAACACUUAACAGUACAACUAAACUGGUGUUUGCUGUGAAUUUCACAAUAUCAUAACAAAAUGAUAAUUAGAACAUGUUAAAAACACUUGUUAAAAAUUUAAUCAAAU